GCUUUAAGAGGCCACCUGGCGAGUGGUGGGGCGCUCCUCGGCGCUGUGGCUCACGCUCCGGUUCGGGAGGCCGAGGCUGUUCUGGCGGCGGCGACCUCUGAGGCUAUCGGAAGAGCCAGCGCGUGGGGUCUGAAGGAGGGGCUUCUGGUCAGCUCAGGCAGCUGGAAGGUGAGCACCGGAGAAGCAGAAGACACUGUCCAGGGAAACUUCACAGUGGGAACUUGAAUCGGUUCUGUUAAAGGUUCUAUCAUAAUGAAUGGAUCCAGUGUGGCAAAUACAUCACCCAGUGUAAAAUCCAAAGAGGACCAGGUGUUAAAUGGGCACGAUGAGAAAGAAAACCCAUUUGCAGAGUACAUGUGGAUGGAGAAUGAAGAGGAUUUUAACAGACAGGUGGAGGAGGAGCUGCUGGAGCAGGACUUCUUGGACCGGUGCUUCCAGGAGAUGCUGGACGAGGAAGACCAAGACUGGUUUAUUCCAUCACGAGACCUGCCUCAGGUCAUGGGACAGUUGCAACAACAGUUAAAUGGACUAUCUGUCAGCAAUGGUCAUGAUUCUGAAGAUAUUUUGAGCAAAAGUAACCUGAACCCGGAUGCCAAGGAAUUUAUUCCAGGAGUGAAGUACUGAGCUGACAGAAACUUUGAGGAGGACUUGUAUGUUCCCACAUCUGGGGACAGUGCCGCACAAAAAGGCAGAGCUGAAGGGGGGGGGGGGGGCGGGGGGCUAGGGAUGCACAGUUGGGGAGGGGAAUAGUAGUUUAACUUAACACUGUGACUGGAGUAGCUAAACGUGCUCAGUCUUACUCUACAAGCCUCUGAGUAUUUCUCUUUUGUUCUACUGACUUUCCUUUUGAGCAGUUUAUUAUUAUUAUUAUUAUCAUUAUUAGGUUUUGCCUUUUUGAGUUAGGGAAAUUAUUGCAAUCCCCCCCCCCCCUUCAUCAGGAAUGUUCUGUAAUGUGUGUUUAAACAGAAUAAGCUCAAUAAGCUGACCAAGAAAAUCUGGGUGUUUACAUGAAUGCCCUCUCACCCUGCUGUAUGCUUGCAAGGGCAGUGAGCACCUAGAAAACUACUGAGUCUGUUAAGCUGGAUGGGAAGAGGGAUGAGUGGAAGAAGCAGGUGUUUUAAACCAGCCUUUGCAACUAUGCGACCCCUGAGGGCUUUCUGCAAUGAACUGGGAUUACCAAUUGCCUGCUGAGCCCAUGUCUUCCUGCCUUGAACCUCCAUUCAAGAAAACACGGACUUAUAAAGUAUUGGUUUACAAAACUCUUUUGAUGUUGAUGAAAGUUGUAAAUUCAAGGGGAAAACUGUGAUGGUUAUUGCCACUUGAGUCAUACAGUUACGGUUGGCCUACUCUUAAGCCUCUGUUUACAGCUACCAUCAAACUCAUCAUUUACAAGGUACAGGAGCACGUAGGUAGAUUUGCCUCUUUGUCUUUCAUGGUAUCUAGUCCCAUAUUCCUUUUCACCCCCACCCUACUCUGAUUUUAAGAAAAGAUAUUAUUACCAAAGGUGUGUGAAAGGCAUGCUAUGCUGGCCAGCAGCUUCAGCCUGGAGAAGCCAUCCUUGAAUCCUGUUAGUGCGUCUUGUUUAUUUUGACAGUUGUUUUUCCCAGCCCAUGAAGACUCAGUCCUUUUGGUAUAUUACUUUCUUGGAAAGGUUUAUGCACUUUUAUAAGUAAAUAUAUUUUUUAGGACACUAGCAAGAAGCUCAGUUCACAAUUUUGAUGCUUUUCCCACUUUACAGAAUUAUGCAAAAGAACUAAAAAAAAAAAAAAAAAUCCUAGUAGGAGUGAGUCCUACUUGACCCAGGUGGCUGUGUGACCCACUGGGAUAGUCUCAGCAGUUAUAAAAUGUUGCUGUUCCUACAUGCCCAGCUUUGUAAGUUUUGUAGGUUGGGCCCCUGGGCACAUUCCUUUUGCCUUUCCUGCCUGUAAGUCACGGGGCUUUUUUGCUGAUACUCACAGGGAACUAAACUGGGUACCAGGUGCUGCCUUUGUGUGACAGAGAUGUAGGUGGUGGCUUCUGUGUGACUGCUCCUGUGUUGUGGAUAGACAUAUCAGGAAAAGAUCUUGUAACUUGAAAUAAAGUCUGUGCAAAAUCAGUAUGUGGAUGUGGGAGAGAGGUUGGAAGGAAAAGACUAGGAUCUGGAAAGCUUAAGAACUUCUCCUUUUUCUUAGGAGUUCCUUGUUGAUGUUACGAACAGCCACAGUCUAAGGUCAGAUUUAAAAUACAAACCCACAGCGUUUUUUUAUGUGAGUCUAUUGGACGGCAUUAUUUGAACUGACCUUCCUUGUUAGGUCACAUAUCAUAGGCAGCUUGUAUUGCCAGACGUGCACAUUCAUUCCCAAAGCCUUUACCUCAAAAGAAUGGAACUCUCACUUGUUUUCUAGGGAGGUGUAUGGACAAAGGAAUUUCUUUAUUACAGCUUCAGCUUCCAACUGGGGUUGUUGCCUGUAACAAGGAGAGGGCCGUGGAAGUGCAGGAUUAGAAGUCUCUCUUUUCUGGGGCCGCUUUUCUUUCAUCUCCAGUAGCUUGUCCAAGCUCAGAAUUAUAAAGGCUGCUGGAAAUGUUGCGUGAUAGACAUAUCAGGAAAAGAUCUUGUAACCUGAAAUAAAGUCUGUGCAAAUUAAGCAUGUGGAUGUGGGAGAGAGAUUGGUAGGAAAGGUUGUGUUUGCAGAGAGAGACAUUUUCUAGAUCUGGGCAUUGCUGUCACAGAGUACAAUGGGUUCUUGUGUGCUCCAGUCAGGAAAGUGCUACUGGGAUCCAGAUCUAGCCAUUUCUUCAUCCUGAAGGCUAGCUCUUCUGACACCAGGACAGGCUAUAAUGCUAGGUGGUGCAGUCCAAAGGGCUUGUCUUUCCGUCUGGGGCUCCACUUUGGAUGUCAGUCUUCAGUGUACUGUCACAAGGCAUAUUUAGGCAGGACUACGAAAUGUUCCUGCCAAGUGAGCAGUGAACGUGAGGGCUGGAUUUUCCAGAGUGUGCUGACUCCAGGAUCAGGAAGCAGCUCGCAAUACGACCCCUUUUUAAAUGUUUAGGCUGAUGCUUCCAGUGGCUCCUCUUAUAGCUCAACUCUUCAUCUGUUUUGUUGUGAGGUGGGAGCACAGCUGUUACCCAGAUCACAGGUUCAGCUAUAGUUAGUGUUUGCCAGUUUCUUAGCAAAAAAGGCACUUGGGUCUCGUUGGACCUUGACCGGGAAAGGCUGGGAGCCUCUAUCUCAUAGGAGAGGGUCUGGGUGCCAGCCAGGCUGGACACCGUUACCCUUUAAUGGUGGGCUGUUAUUUAUAAGUGAGCACUUUGAUGUUGAAUUUCAGUCAUUAUUCUGUUGAAACUUUUUUUUUAUUGGCAACUGGAAGUUUGAGAAUUUUUAUAGAAACAGAACAUACAUUUUUACCUGUUGCCAAUUCUGGUUGGUCUCAGUGUUAGUUUAUUAGGGAUUACUUUCUGAUUUUUGUGGUUAUUGAACUCAAACUCCAAGAUGAAAAUUAUUUUAUUUCUUGCUCUUCAAGGAGAAAAACAUAAAAAUAAAGGAAAUGCCUUUUCCGUUUCUCCAGGCCAUAGAUCUACAGCAGAAAACUUGAUGGGCACAGCCUAGGCCUAAGCAUCUGCAACUCUGGGUCUUUGGGCCAGUUUCUGCUUACAGCAGAUGAUUUUUUUGGGGGUAUAUUAGGUCAAAUAAAACAAAAUCAUAAAAGGCUGAACCUUUGUAGCACCUCGGUUUCCAAAGUUAAAAUAGCUGGGAUCUUUUAAAUUCAGGUUCUAAUGCUAACUCUAUGGCUUAAAAAUGUUUUUAGUGAAAUACUAAACAUUUUUCAAAUUGUGUAUUGUUACAAUGUCAAAGUUUUGUCUUGAUUUCGGAGAGGCUUAGAAGUAAGGAGGUCAGUUGGAUACUCUGGCAAUGAUAUGUCAGAGAGGAAAGUCGUUUGAAGUAGCCAAAGGAAAUAGCUUGACUGAAUCUUCUUAUAUUAGUGCUGUUGCAAACACUGUAGAAACAUUAGGAGCCCAGGAAUCUACCUGCUUGAUUGGAAGGGGCAAGUGGUCUUCGAUAAGGGUACCAGCAAAUUAAUGUUCCUUGGUUUAGGUGAUGCUGAGGUACGGGAACAGGCAGAAGAGACCAGACAGUUAACUAAGGUGUGGAGAUACCCCCCAGCACUCUCCUUGGGGAUAAUGCAAACCUCAUUUGUUUAGGAGGUGGGUGGGAAGAACAGGAGAGGUGACCCAGGUCUGCUGUUCACUGGGAACCUUCAUUUCCUCCUACCUCUGCUUGCGGUUCCCAAGUGAAUCAUUGCCCCCUCGUUGCCCAUGGGGUCCUUAGCUCUUCGGGUCCCUCUGCCUUUGUAGUUCACAGAGUACUUUCUUCAGCCACUGCUCUGCUGGCGUGUGAAUUUCAUUCAGACUUUGUUAGUCACAAUUUUGAAAGUCGUCCCCCCCUCCCCCGCCUUGCUUUUAAUCUUGUUUUUAUUUCUCCCAUCUUGCAGCUAUAAUUGGUGACAAGGAACAGGGCAGUAGGAGGCUGACUGAAGGCAACACUCAGGUUUUAUGCUUGCUACUUGACCUUCUGCCUACCCGCCUACUUCUGUGUGUCCGUCCCCCCCCCCCCUCCCCUGUCAGUCUAGUUUUUAUGGGAGUCCUAGGAAUAGGACAGCCAAGUACACUGAAUUCCACAAGGUGUCAGCCAAGAGUCACCACCCCACCCCAGGGGAUUAAAAAAGAAAUCUGCAAAGGGACAGAUGCACCAUCUUUAUUCUAAAAGAAAAAGCCCCCUUAGAUUUUGUUAUUACUAGGAGGCUCAUUUUUGGGACUACUACUUACAGGUGACCUUUUAUUUUAUAAUGAAGAAACAUCCUAGGCAGUUUACCAUAAAAUGGUACAGUGUUUUCUCUCUGAAUUCAACACUAAGUGAUAAUCCUGCCCUUGAUUGUGAACCUCAGGAAUGUUUAGUGCUUGAUGGGUUGUUCGGGAGGCAGGGUUGUUUUAAAAAAAUUAUUGAGGCAUAUUUUACAUAUAAUAAAUCCACCCAUUUCAAGUGUUAAAUUGAAUGAUUUUAGUAACUUUCCUGAGUGGCACAGCCAUACAUACCCGUAACUGUUUUAGAACAUUUUCAUCCACCCCAAUAAGAUCCUUCAUUUAUUGCACAGUAAUCCCUGUUCCCAGCUCUAAGUGACACUAAUUUCCAUCUCUAUAAACUUGCCUUUUCUGGACAUCAUGUCAAUGGAAUCAUACAAAAUCUGUUCUCUUGCCUCUGGCUUUUUUCACUUAGCAUAUUUUGUGGUUUAUCCAUGAUGUUUAACUUGUGUUGGUAGUUUGUCCCUUUUUAUUGCUAUAGUAUUCCAUUGAUAGAUAGACCGCAUUUUGUCAGCAAGGAGUCCUUGAAACUUGGAUUUCAACCUCCCGUGGUCUAAAGGAACCCUUAGAGCAUAGGACUCCAGGGGAAGGUGCUCUUCACGUCAAAGGAACUGCGUAUCAGAACCAGCUUUGUUAUCAGGAGCUCGAGACAUUAGGAGCCUGAACUGCUGCAGAAAUUUUUAUAGUUUUGCAACUUUUUUAUAAGAAACUCUUUUGCUAUCUACAUGUCAGUACUUUUGAAGCAUCUGGUAAUUAAGUUAUUCUGAAGUAGGAGUAUGUGUUUGAGUGGACAAGAAAGUGAACCAUCAGUAAUACUGUGUUGGAGAUGUUUUUCCUUCCCAACUGGAUAGGGGAGUCUCUGAAAUUUCUAAACAGUAUCAUCUCCAUGACAAGGUGGAACCUUUGUUCAAGAUCAUGCUGCCUUUGUGGGACAGAUUUUGGGGAGAGGAGGACCACCAUCAGAGGAGGUGCAGAGGAGAAAGUGCAGCUUGUGGAACAAGAGGCCCAGAGAUCUGUGCAUGCCCCCCUCUCUUGGUGUGGGCGGUGAAGCGUUGAUGGUGUCCACUGGCAGCUUAGCACCUCCAGCAGGCCCGGGUCUUGACCUUGGACCUUUAUCCCUGUUUCAAAGUGUUAAAAGCUGUUUUUGUCUCUCCCCCAUAAACAUUACAUGGUAGUUAUUAAUACUACUUUGGGGGAGAAGCAGGGCUUUAAAAGAAAUAAUUUUCAUAAAAGUAUCAGAAAUAGGAAAAAAGUUACUUUAAAAAUUUUGCUAUACAAACCAAAUGGCAGCUGUUGAAAAUAUUAAUAAAAUGAGAAAAAAAUGCA